GUGCCUGCGUCGUCCUUCCUGGUAGCAGGAUGUCACCAAUAAUAAUCGUGACCCUAGCCUUCCUCUGCCAGAAGGGUAUCUACGGCAAAACUCUCAACACUGUGAUCGGCCCUUACAUUACUUACGCCGAACGGUUUUACAUGUGUGAACCACACAACCGCGCGCUUCCCGUCAGAUGGCAUUUGCGUACUACCCACUUCAAACCACUGAAGCCAAAAGAAUUACAGCUCUUGACCGGUAACCUGACAAUGACUGAAUUAUUUGAUGAUAGCUUCCAAGUCAAAAUGGUUUUAGAUGUUCGGUCAAAUAACCAAUGGAAGGAAAACGCAUUUGUCGUACCGUUUCUUCGCAAUGGAUGCUCGACAACAAGAGACAAUGUCCCGAAUUUUUUCAAGGCUUUUUCUUCUAAGAGAGAAACUAAAGGCGCUUGUGUCUACAAACCUGGAGUUUACGAAUUCAACGACACCCCAGUAGAAUGGACGUUUCCAAAUGUUGCAGUCAUGCCGUAUGGACACUAUAGAGCCAGGAUAAAUGUGACCAGGCUGGAAAAACUAUACGCAUGCCUUGUGGCAGAUGCUAGAAUUAUUCCUAAACUCGAGUGACUCCACAAUUUUGAUGAUGAUUUUAUUGUUGCGCAGUGCACAUCUGUCAGAUUUUGCGCAGGGCCAAGGAAACCAGGAAACUGAGGAGAUUUUCUGUUUUUUUUUUUUCAAUAAAUCUUUCAGAAAUUUUCCGAAAA